AUGAAGGAGCUCGGGACUAUCACUCAACGCUGCGCCCUUCUCACCUUAGGCAUGCUCGUGGAUGAACCGGGUUUACUCUGCCUUCCCGCGGAUCCUGCCAUCGUUUACUAUCCAUCGAUUAGCAUGACAGUCGUCCUAUCCAGCAUUGCAUAUGGGCCAGGUCUGGCUAGGGAUGAAGCACGAGCUAGAGGCAAGAGGCGAUGGAUCAUUAGCCUCAUAAACAUCGACUCCACUAGAAAGCUUCUGUGCUUGGUUUUAGCUCCGAAUUAUCCAUGUGAGAUAUGGGAAUGGAAAGGAUUGUCCUACAUCGCCCCUUUGACGGCAAUCAAAUUUGACAAUGGCUUGCCAGUUCUCAGGGUGAAUCAUACGAGCGCCGAGCCAGGUCAAUCAGCACAGCCCAAUAUAUCCUGCAUCGAAGAUAUGGCAGCUUGCGUUUCUAAGUACACCGAGAAUCCGCUCUCCGUGUUCCAAAGAGAUAGAAUGGAACACUACGCAAACUCCACUACCUCUAAGAUAGCACCGACUCCAUCUUUCUGGAUCCGAACUAAUACAAUUCUUCAGGUGGACCCUCUUGAGGCGUACUGCGAUUAUAGAGGCCUCGCGGAAUUCUCAUUUGAACCCUGUAUGGCAACAGCGUCUGCGCCCAACACCGAAACUAGUCUGGUCGAGGGGUUUAACUUCGUCUUCCAAAGUGAUCGGGGUGGCAGUCUUCGCAUUCUCCUCGGCGCGCUCCAGGGCGUCUUGGAGAGACCUAUAGUCGGUGUCGCGAUAUAUCACACGACUAAAGUCACUAAUACUCAAAAAUUCCCCAUAAUCGUCACAUGCAACCUUCCACGUAUGGUCCGUAGCCUUCUCCAGAUAUUCUGGAAGAUACACCAUUUGCUGUUGGGCAGGAAUACCAUCCACCAUAGGCGUACGUGUGAAAUUGAUGUAGACGAAAUCUCGAUCAAAUUUGACAAUCAAAGUUUUGCAUACAGGUUUCUUCCUGAAUCUUUUCAGACUGUUCAGCUUGCUGACCAGACAUUCUCGAGUAAGGCUAUAUACUACUCCAUACCACAUUUAUUUCAUCUUACUCGGGAUUUUUAUUGGCGGGUUGGGCAAAGAAAGAUGUUACGGAAGUUGAAGGAGGGGAAGUUGGAGGGGAAAUCUAGCUUACCGAUAACCUCCGUAGUACCGAAGAGCUACGUAGAAUACACACAAUACAUCUCACUUGCUGCUUGCGACAUCUACUUCGGCCGCGGUAGCGAGGGGAGGUUGAUACGAGCGGCUGUGAGGUAG